UCAAGCUUCCAGUUAACAGGGCAAUUCAUCUAUUAUAAAUAGCGUCUUAGGCCUUCCGCAAUUGUAUCAGACUUAACUUGCAAAGCCAAAUACAAUCUUAGCUCCCAAUUUUCAACAUCUUCUCACUUCCUUAACAUAAAAUGGCAAUCCGAUUUCCUUCUGUACUGUCUAAUGCAAAGCAAAUUCUUACUAAAAAUCAGCAAGUAGUUCCAAAGGGGCAUGUCCCAGUAUAUGUGGGAGAGCAAGCUGAUAAGAAAAGACAUCUGGUGCCACUUUCAUACUUGAGUCACCCUGUAUUCCAAGACUUGCUACAGCGCGCUGAGGAAGAGUUCGGCUUUAAUCAUCCUAUGGGUGCUCUUACCAUUCCUUGCACUGAAGAAAUGUUCUUUAAUCUUACUUCUGAACUUAGGUGCUUAUAGAAAUACAACAGGAUGUUUCACUUGUUGCUCUAAUUUUUUGUGGGUUCUUUAGAUCUAGUUUUACCCAGAAAACGUUGUACAGGAUGAUGAUGUAACUUUUUCCCUCAUCUGGAUCAUUCAGUGGGGUGGUACUCAUUAAUUAGAAAUUCAUUGAUUCACUUUUCAAUA